AUGCUGGCUUUUUGGUUUUUAGUUAUUGUGGUUUCCUUUUCAAAUGCUUUUUUGGUUACAUCGGUAAACGCCAAAGAUGCUUGGUAUGCUCCUGGAUGCCACAAAGUAGGUCAUACGAGAAAGAUCAGCAUCCCCAACUGUGUGGAAUUCUACAUGACAACCAACGCAUGCAGGGGCUACUGCGAAAGCUGGGCCGUACCAUCUAGCCCCAAAACCACCCCCAGCCAACCCGUUACCUCUAUCGGACAGUGUUGCAACAUCAUGGAAACCGAACCUGCGGAAGUCAAAGUUUUAUGCGUAGACGGAAUUCGGACUCUGACCUUUAAAUCCGCCGUUACUUGCUCAUGUUACCACUGCAAAAAGGAUUAG